UCCGCCUCGCCUCGCCGCGGCGCUGCCCGCUCGGGCCCGGCCGCCGCCGCGGCGGCGGAGAUCGGCAGGUCAGCCCGCCCUCGCCCCGCUGCGAGGCUUCCCCGCCUCCGUCCCCGCCCCGCCGCUUUACCCCGCCUCGUCCCUCUGCCCCCGGCGCGGGUUUCUCGCCGCCCCUUCCCCCGGGCUGUCUGUCAGCCCGCCCUGCUCGCUGCCCCGCUGUGCCUGUGUCCGUGUCCGUCCCGUCCCGUCCCCCCCAUCCCCCCGCCGCCGGGCAUGGCGCCGCUGACAGCGCCCGUGCGCGCCUGAGUCGGCAGGGGCGAGCCCGCCGUCGCCGCGGGAGGAGGAGGAGGAGGAGGAGGAGAAGAGAUGAACCGCUUCCAGCCCGGGGUCGCGCUGCUGCUCUCGUUGCUGUGGGAGUGUACGGAGGCCAAAAAGCAUUGCUGGUACUUUGAAGGAUUAUAUCCUACAUAUUAUAUAUGUCGCUCCUAUGAGGAUUGCUGUGGUUCAAGAUGCUGUGUAAGAGCUCUCUCUAUCCAGCGACUCUGGUAUUUUUGGUUCCUUUUGAUGAUGGGAGUUUUGUUCUGUUGUGGAGCUGGUUUCUUUAUCCGAAGGCGGAUGUACCCUCCUCCACUAGUAGAAGAACCUACUUUUAAUGUGUCUUACACCAGACAACCAGUCAACACUGCAUCAGGGUCACAACAACCUGGAGUGCCGUAUUACACAGAUCCAGGUGGACCUGUGAUGAAUCCCAUGGCUAUGGCUUUCCACGUCCAGCCCAAUUCCCCACAAGGAAACCCAGUUUACCCACCCCCACCUUCCUACUGCAACACACCACCUCCCCCUUACGAGCAGGUGGUGAAAUCCUCUACGUGAGGACUCUGGCUCUCUGACCUGACUGUGUGAGAAGAAGGUGCCAUUGCAAAAUGAGAUGGAGGGCAUCCACCCUUAUGAACACUUGCUAGUUCUCCCAAGUCCUCUCUCCCUCCCUUCCCUGCACCUUUCCUCAUUAAAGUUACUUGCAAAGGGGUGAUUUUUAAAUUUUUUUCUGUCUUUUUUAGUAGAAGUGGAUUUUUUCUUUGUCUUCAAAAUGAGAGAAGUCGUCUUUGUAAUGCUUUUAAUGGAAACCUAUAUUUAAAACCUCUACGUCUUUCUCUUUAUUUAUUGUUCGUUUCAAUAAUGGGUUUAAUUGCGUUGUGGCAGGCUACUGACAGCAGUUCUUCAUGCAAUUCCAGAAUGAUGUGCGCUCUCAAAAACCCCGUGGCAGAAAUGCCCCCAUCUACUGGAAAUGACAGAAAAAGAGGGUAGAAGUAAGAAAGGCAGGGCAAUGCUUUUACGAAUUGUGGCCACUAUCUUCUUGAUUUACGUUUUUCUCAUAAAACUUGGUUCCGAUGCACAACAGACUGAUGCUGUGCUAGAAGCCCGUGAGUGACUGGAGCACCAGUGUUGGUCGAGUCAUGCUUUGCCAAGUGCCCCAGAAAACAGGGAUGCAUUAUUUUAAAUGAUGCAUCUCAAAGCAAAGGACCCGGGCUUGAGUGUUUCUUGGCCAGCACCUGGACUGCCUGCGUGAUUGGCAUCCUGACUCUCCCUGUUUUGCCAAUGGUGAGAUUGCAUGAAACAGCCGAUGACCUAAAUGUCAGUAGUGAGAGGGAGGUAUCAUUACCUCAGAGCUACUUGUGCUCGUGCCUCUUGACAGAACGGUUAGCAACACUGAAAUAUGUAGGGAAGUUUUCUUCCCUGAACUGGAAAAUAAUUACAGUAAGAAGGCAUGGAAGCACACUUCCACGUUUGCUCCCUUUGACAUUGAUGGGAGUUUUGUCCCUGAGAAAUAGUUGUUUUCAUUAUGGUUUUACUGCUGCCACAAAGAAUACCAAGUAUAGCUGUCAUCUUCAGGUGACAGAUCCAUAAAACUGUUCUCCUCGCUCGCUCAGGCAAAUAACUUUUUCGUACUAGUGCUUAAGAGCAGUUCCUUGACCUGAUGCGCAGAUGGUUCGGCUUUCAGUGACUCUUAGCUCUUCAUGCGUUUUGCUGAGUGGUCCCAGGAUUCCCGAUCCACCAUCUCACACUCGUGGCUGACUCUCUGCAUGACCAUGAGCCAACACCUUCAAAUAAACACAGAGCCCCUUUACUUGUGAUGGCUGUCACACCCAUCUGUGUCUAGCAAAAAGGUGAAGCUACUCUGAGACAUGACGUGACACAAAGAAGAUGCCAUUGCCUUCUACUGCUGAAAGACCUGCAGAAACAGCAGGGGUUAGGAGUCCAAUACGGUCCUUUGGAUCCUGGCUGAAUGCUUACUCACUGCCAAUACAGCGACUGCUCCUUUGUCACUCCAGCCAGGGCACAGAGGACACCGAGGUGGUUUGCAGUAAUCUGAAGACCUGUGUUGCACAGGGAGCCAAAGCUUUAUUGUGCUCUUAAUGCAUGCCAGUGGCUUGUGAGAACUUCGUCCUAGGUGGCAAGCUGGAAUUGCAGGACUGGCAGAAGAGAGCAUCCUUUUUAUUAUGAACAUGAGUCUCUAACAGAAAAACCAUUAAGGGUAACUGUUUCUAAAAGCUGCUGGUAGCGUUAGUAGUCAUCUGGAGGAGAGCUAGCUUUUGAGGAGCUCAUUGCCGCAAACCUGACUUGGGUUAAACUGUAACUAAGGCUUUCCCUUACUGUGCAUCAUAAUAAGGGACAAAGCCAAGUAUUUUUGUGUGUAGUGUAGGCUCGGUGGACACUUAAGAUUAAAAAAGUAUAGUUUAUAUAUGAUUACUAGGUCCAUCUGCUCACCAUAACUGUAUAUAUUUUCUAAAUUAGUGUGCACUUGAAGUGUAAAGCUGCGUAUGUCACUGGAUAUGAUUGUGUAUACAUGACAUAAUUUUUUAAAAGCAAAUCCAACCUUUCUUUUUUGGUCAAUAGAAAUGACAACAGACCUCAUGUUAGUAGAUAGAUGUUGUUAAGUCCUUUUAUAUUACAAAAUAUAUCUUCAACAGCUGGCAUUUUUCUGGACACAUUGAAUAGAAACCUUUUGUAGUGAAUUCUUAUGCUGUACAUUGAAAUUCAACUUCUGUUCAAGUUUUC